AGGUCAGUCUGCGAGAUUUCGGACGGGGCUUCGCAACCAUCUCUCCAUCACUCACGAUGCAUCGCAAAGCAGUAGUUCUUUGGCUCUUAACGGGAGCAGUCGUGGCGGGGGCGAUCUUGGAGCAGGAAAGCGCGCAGGAUAUCUUCAACAACCACUUUCCACCUGUCAGUCCUAACUGUUCUCAGAGCUUGACAGACCUGCUCCUUCUCCGUCAAGAGGUCAGACUGGACGAAAUGGUCAAGCUUCUGACUGACAUCCGGGGGUCACUGGCAUCGGAGGGCAAGAAGAGCACCUCGACCUGCCCCGCUGACUUCGAAGCCUUCGAGGGCCUCUGCCUCCACCUCGGGCCAGAGCGCACGAACUGGCACGACGCCCGCAAGUACUGCCUGUCCGUGGGAGGGACCUUGGUGAGCGGCCUCCGAAACGCGAAAAUUGGUCGCUCGUUCGCCCAAAAAUCGAACGCAGACCAUAUGUGGAUCGGAGGCCACGACUUGUUUGAAGAAGGGCGAUGGGAAUGGCUCUCAGGGGAGGCCAUGCCGACGGGAACCUCAUUCUGGUCUUAUUAUCUGGGAGUACAACAACCGAACAAUGGAGGAGAUGGAGAGCACUGUGCCGUUCUCUACGUUCCGGACAACCACAAUUUCCAUGACUUCCCUUGCAGCUGGGAUUGCUUACCGCUGUGCCAGGUGGAAGUCUGUGCUUGAUUAGGAAGUAGGAGAGAAGGAGAGAGAGGAAGGAAGGGGAGAAGGGAAGGAAGGGGAGAGAAGUGAGAGAGAUGGGGAGAGGUGA